AUGCACUUGAAGAGACCGAUAGCGGGUUCUCAGGUUCCUUUCUGUCCAAUUGAAAAGAAAAUGGUCGAUUGUUGGUCAAUUAUCGAUCCCAAUAGCUUUCGGGUUCGUGGUAAAACAUAUUUCAGGGAGAAGAAGAAAGAGUUUGCACCUAGCCAUGCUGCGUAUAACCCUUUUGGUGUCGAUGUUUUCUUAUCGGAACAUAAAAUAAACCAUGUCGCACAAUAUGUCAAACUUCCCGUUACUACCACAUCCCCAAAACUCCCAUCUAUCCUUGUUGUAAAUGUCCAGAACUUCCGAUCCAUUUUCAAGAAAGCAUUCGGAUUAAUUGAUGAUGAGGUUGAGAAAGUUCAAGGCUUCCCUAUGGAUACAACCGCGCCUUUUAGAGAACGGCUUAAGAUAUUGGGACGUGUUGCAAACGUAGAUGAUCCCCAAUUGAGUGGUCCAGAGAAAAAACUGAUGCAGGCUUAUAACGAGAAACCUGGAGAAAAUUACUUUGAGAUUGAUAUCGAUAUGCAUAGAUUCGGUUAUAUAUCCCGGAAAGGGUUUGAAACAUUCAUAGACAGAGUCAAGAUAUGUGUUCUUGAUGUUGGCCUCACAAUUCAGGGGAACAAACCGGAAGAGCUACCGGAGCAGAUUCUGUGUUGCGUCCGGCUAAAUGGGAUUGAUUUCAUGAACUAUCAUCAGUUAACUCAAGAAGUCCAUUGA